AUUACAACAUUUUAAAGAAUUAUUAUAUACUCUUCUUCGAUCCAACAAAUCGGAGUUGGUAAAAUAAAAAGAGAGAAAAAUUAAUGUCAGGGGGAGGGAUACCAAGAUCAUCAAGUGCACCAUUGAAAGAUGGCAUCCCUCCUAAAGAACUCCUUGAUGAUCUUUGCAGUCGGUUUGUUCUAAAUGUACCCAAAGAAGAUCAACAAUCGUUUGAAAGGAUACUGUUUCUCGUGGAGUAUGCUCAUUGGUUCUAUGAAGACAAUUCCGUAGAAAAUAAUCCGUCUUUGAAGUCAUUCACUCUGAAAGAAUUUACCUCUUUAAUGUUCAACAGUUGUGAUGUUUUGAAGCCUUAUGUCCCUCAUAUAGAUGACAUAUUUAAAGAUUUCACAUCAUACAAGGUUCGAGUUCCAGUAACCGGGGCCAUCAUUUUGGACCAAACGUAUGAAAGGUGUGUAUUGGUGAAAGGGUGGAAGGGAACCAGCUGGAGUUUUCCUAGAGGUAAAAAGAACAAAGAUGAGGAAGAUGAUGCAUGUGCCAUCAGAGAAGUGCUAGAAGAAACUGGAUUUAAUGUUUCAAAACUUAUUAAUAAAGAAGACUAUAUUGAAAUGAUAUUUGGGCCACAAAGAGUGCGACUCUACAUAGUUGGAGGUGUGAAAGACGACACAACAUUUGCACCACAAACCAAAAAGGAGAUCAGUGAAAUUGCAUGGCAGAGGCUUGAUGACCUUCUACCAGCAAAUCGAGAUGUAAUAUCACGUAGUGUAACAGGGCUUAAGCUUUACAUGGUCACUCCAUUUUUGAAAUCUUUGAAAUUGUGGAUUUCUUCACAUCAGCCCCCAAUCGCACCCAGAGCCGAUUCACCUGCUAGAGCAUUGAGUGUGUGGAAGGCAAAAGGCAGCUCAUCGGGGAGUAACUUGGUGAUUACAGAGACUCCAUCAAACAGUAACCUGGUUUCACUUCCAGUUCUACAUUCAAAUUUCUCUUCUGACAAAGGCCCUGGCCGAAGCUUCAGAAACUUCCAGUUCAAUAGUGCUCCCAUUCUACAAGCAAUUGAUGCUGCUUUCUCGUGAUUUGGUUGCAUAUUUGCACAUACGUUGACAUUGUGAGCUCACGUGGCCAUUUCGUGCUGAAAUUGGUCCAAACUGAGGUGUGAAGAUGGAUGUACAUUUUGUAUAGACAUUAGCCUUUCCCAAUUAAUGUUUGGCAUAUUUGCCGUUGAAAUUGAUAUGUUGUUUGAUCGGGAAACCUUUUUAUCUUUCAGCCAAAGUUCUUAACCAGUUCUUCGGCCUCCGUGUCUGAUUAUGUUACAAUUUACAUAGAUUCGAAUGAUAUUAAUAAUUGUAACUUGGUUGUUCAACUGUUUUGUAUUAAUAAAAAAAUCUUGUUGCAUACAUAAA